AUGUCGCAACAACAGGCGCCAGCAGCCCCCUCCGGCGCACAGAGCCCGAUGGAAGUCGCAACACAGCUAUGGAGCAACUUUGAGAAUGGCGUGCACUCAGGCUUCAUGAAGAUGACCCCAGAGAAGUGGAUCAGACUGGUCGUUAUUGUCGGCGCAUACGCUCUCAUCCGCCCCUACCUCAUGAAGCUCGGUGCAAAGCUGCAGGCACGUGAACAUGAAAAGGAGGUGGAUCUCGCAGGCCUCGAUCCGAAGUCACAAGAUGCCAUCAGAGCACUACGAGGCGGCAAGAAGAUCGAGAUACCCGGCGUAGACAGCGACAGCGAAGGCGAAGAAGAGCCGAAGCCGGCGGACUGGGGCAAGAAGGCGCGGUUGAGGCAGCGGAAGUUCAUCAGAGGCAAGGUCGAGGAGGAGGAGCGGAGACGGAGGGAGGAGGACGAGGAAACUGAUGAGGAGCUUGAGGAGAUUCUGAACGCCAUACAGGUUGCGCCGCAUCUGAAGCAAUGA